UAUAUAUCAUGCUAUCUGCUUCACAGAACAAAUGGAGAUUCAAAAGUUGAAAGCUCCAGGAGAGUCGUUGACUUGGAAUGAUAUUCAAAAGAUGAAAUAUACCUGGUGUGUGGUUUGCGAGGUCAUGAGACUAUCUCCGCCUGGUCAAGGGGGAUUUAGAGAGGCCAUAACUGACUUCUCUUAUGCAGGUUUUACCAUUCCCAAGGGAUGGAAGGUGCAUUGGAGUGUACAUUCAACACACAAAAAUCCCAAAUAUUUCCCAGAUCCAGAGAAAUUUGAUCCUUCAAGAUUUGAGGGGAAGGACAUUGAACCAUACAGUUUUGUACCUUUUGGGGGAGGACCUCGAAUGUGCCCUGGAAAAGAAUAUGCUCGGCUGGCGAUUCUUGUCUUUAUGCACAAUGUGGUAACACAAUUCAAAUGGGAGAGAGUGACUCAAGACGAAAAGAUCAUAUACAUGUCUAUUCCGAUGCCAGCUUGUAGCCUUCCGAUUACUCUCCAUCCUCACAAGAACUGAGUUAAUAUUCGUGUGGCUCAAGUGUGUCAUGGUUGCAUCCUUUUGCCGACAUCUAUAAUCGUCAGUUGAUGAACAUGCAAAUUGUUUUUCUUUUUUGUGUGCCCUGUCGCAAUUCCUUUCUUCAGAUGAAUUCUGCAACUCUUUAUUUUAACUUUUGAUAAAUAAAUCUUGACGAGUUCAAUUAAUAAGAGCAAGUGAAAGUUGAAGAA